AAGAUGUCUGACAUCGCUUGGAUGCUGACCUAGGUCGGACUUCACUAUAGGCUAAUGUUUCAACCGUAUAUAUGUCGAUGGUUUAGGUUUUAUCAUACGCUCUCAUAAAAAGAGAACUACAGUUCCCAGGCGCCUUUGCGCUCCCGUCCCUCAAGCUGCACACUAGCAUACAGCUAGACCGUUGUAGCUAUGACAAGUGUGUUAUAAUUGUCGCUUGAACAAAAUAAGUUUCAAUUUAAAUUAUGUAAGAAGCCAAAGACCUGACAAGAAAAAACCCAAAACAAAAAGCUGCGCGAGUUAUCGCGUUAUUUUACGUUUCCGGAGGUUAGAACGAAACGUGACAGGAGCUAUCCGAGGUGCUGAACCCGUUUUGGCAAUAUGGAUGAGUAUCCAGAGUCACUUGCCAGUUUGACUACCUCCCACAACCCCAGCAGCUCCAGCCCUCCCAGAGGUCAAACUGUUAGUGCACCACAGGACAACGGGCUCCCAGAGAGACGGACACUGCUUCGUGUGUCAGAGACCCAUGGACUGCAGCUUCUGUGUGUGCUCAGGUCCUUCAGAGAACGAGGCUUGUUGUUUGAUUUCAUCAUCAGGGUACAGGAACAAAGUUUCCCCUGUCAUCGCUGUGUUCUUGCAGCAUGCAGUGAUUUCUUUAGGGCCAUGUUUGAGGUAGAUAUGCGAGAGUGUGGUGAUGGAUCAGUAACUCUGCAUCAGUGUCCAGUGGCUGUGGCUUCUUUCCUGGACUUUGCCUACUCUGGAGAGACUCUCAUCAAUGAUGGGAAUGUGGACAUGCUGUUUCAGAUUUCCUCUUUUCUGCAGGUCUCCAUCCUGUCCAGAGCAUGCAGUGACUUUCUGAUAGGAUCCAUGGAUCUCUCUAACUGUCUUUCCCUGUUGUCUCUGGGAGAGGCGUAUGGCUCCGCUUCUCUUCUGCACAAUGCCAACGAGUUUGUGGUUCAGAACUUUUAUGACCUUUCCAAAACCCAGGAGUUCCUAGAUAUGCAGAAAAACAUCUUAGAGGCCUGCCUGAAGUCAGACGCCCUGAAUGUGCCCAGUGAAGAGGCUGUUAUAAUGGCGCUUCUCAGAUGGAUUCGCCAUGAUCUGCCUGGAAGACAGAAACUGCUACCAGGACUGAUGUCCCUGACACGACUGCAUCACCUGCCUGCAGCUUUGCUGAAGGCUUUGCGAGAUUCAAACGCUCUGCUCUGCAGUGACGAGUCCUGUCUCUCACUUCUGUCGGGAGCCCUGAGCAGACAGACUCAGUAUGAAGGUCUGCUUGCUGACGCUAGGCCUGCCACCACUCAGAGCUACAUCUACAUCCACAAGACAGAGGAGCGUGGUGAGGUCAGUCACACUCUCUGCUACUGUCUGGAGACAGACCAGUGGAAAGAUCUGCGAACAGAGAUUGGAUUUGAGACAGCCUCGAUGCCAGAUCUUCCUGGGUCCUACCUAACCAGCUAUGCUGAAAAGAUGUUUGUCACAGGUGGUUGUCGGGGAAAUUGUUGCCGGGCAGUUCGCCUACAUGUUGCAGAACCAUACCACAAUGCCAUCGACGAGGUUUGGUGUUUUUGUCCCGUGACUUUAACCUGCACACCUGCACCACCCAUGCUGAAGCCCAGAACCAUGCACACGGCCGUCACCUGCUUAGACCGGGUCUAUGUCAUUGGAGGGAGGACCAGGGGGUCCAGAGGGGAGGCCCCGAGUCUUUUGGAGGUGGAGUAUUACAACCCUCUGACUCAGGCCUGGUCUUCUGUCAGCCCUCUGCCUACUGCCAUCUUUUACCCAGAGGCCAGUGCUUGUGGCGGUAUUAUUUAUGCGCUAGGCUCUGAGGUGGAGAUCACAGACUCCUUUAACCCCUCGCUCGACUGUUUCUUUCGCUACGAUGCUCAGCAGGACCAGUGGAGCCGGCUAGUGGCAGAGUUUGGACAGUUCUUCCACGCUACGUUGGUCAAAGCUGUGUCGAUAAAUAAUACACUGCACCUCUGUGACCUGUCCACUUAUAAGGUGUACAGUUUUUGCCCAGAGACGGGUGUAUGGAAAGGUGAAGGGUCAUUUGAAUGUGCGGGCUUCAAUGCAGGAGCCAUCGGUUUGAGAGACAGAAUCUACAUUCUGGGUGGAGACUACUCACCAGAUGAAAUCACAGAUGAGGUUCAGGUGUACUACAGUGGGAGGAGUCAGUGGGAGGAAAUGUCGCCCAUGCCCAGAGCACUCACUGAGUUCCACUGUCAGCUCAUCAGCUUCAACAGAUACAGAGACCCGUGGGGUGACACGGAGGGAUAGACAAAACAGAAUGCUGAAGCGGCACAAGUCUUCACUGACUUGCCGCGGUGGAGAGCUAACGCUAACAAUCACAGCUCUAACAACAUGCCUGCU